GUUUAGAGCUUUUCACCACUUUGGUCUAAAAUUAAACACAACAUCAAGAAUUCUGCCUACGUCGUCUGCAAGCGGUUUUCAAACGACGUAUACGCCACAUGGAAAACGAGUAGAAAAUGGCUUCUACUUUCCUAAAAGAUUGCUCCGUGUUUCUGCAGUGUAAAACAGACCCGACGCGACCCAGACGAGUUAAUUGAUUUGAAUUGGCUUAAGACAUUUUGAUGACAAGUAUGGUAUAAUCUUAUAUCAUCUCUGCUCAGGAAUUUUGACAAUAUACCCGCAAUCAAAUUUUACACCGCACUUGUUACUUGACUCGUUUAUAAACGGUGGACAAAUCUGGGCAGAAACUUUCAUAAUUUGGAGCUGAAAAUCUACUUCGCAAAGGUGAGCGUCAGUUCGUGUUUAAUGAUAUACGCAUGCUUGCCAUAUCAAGCUUUGAGUUUGCGUUUUCUCUGGACCGAGUUUGUAUUUUUCUUCAGAAUUGCAUUUAAAUUUAAAAGGUUAACAUGAACCACAUGUAGCAUUGUGAUUGGUAAUUUACAUGGGACAGAUCAUUCUGACCAAAAUUUUACAUCAGUCAACAUGUGAGAAUCAGUGCUUCCCUCUAGCAAAGGUUGCUCUCGGAGGAUUCCAGGCUUGCUAUUAUAGUGUUCUAAUCGUGCCCUUAGGGGGCUAUGGAUAUGAGACGGAACACUCCUGCUAACUGUAUACUGACUAAUUUCUCCGGUGUCUUACAGUGGUUUCAAUAUUUGCCUAAAAUAAAAUUGAUCGAAAUAUUCGGUUUAGAUUGGCUGUAAACUUGUCUUGAAGUUUAUCCAAAUCUUGUCGCGAAGGAAAGAUUUUUGUGACACGAAUCGUCUCGCAUAGCCGGACUACCAGGGUCUUACACCUAGUGCCCUCGUACCCAAGGUCUUUGCACCAUGGUUACAAGGUUGGGCUAGUCCGCUUCGUGUAAACAACCCCUUAUUGGACCUCUAGUCUCGGAAGAAAAGUCUAAACAGAAAUUAUUGAGCAAUCCAGAGUUAAUGAAGUUAAAUGUAUAAAAAUUCCACUCAAAAUUUACAUCUACUGAAAUCCCUUCAACAAUUAGUUCUAUCGAGUGUCCAAAAAAGCUUAAUGAAGUUAGUUAAGUUUAGUUAAUUAAGUUAAGUUAAACCAUUCAGGUAAAGGCUGGAUGGUAUGUAUUGUAUAAAAUACAACAUUUCUGCAUCAACUGUAACUCUACUCCUACACUCUGGCAGCUGCUAGCAAACAAAUUCAAUCUUCAACGGAUGAUUCCAGCUUUAGACGAAAUUUUGAUCUAGACAAGAAGAAUAAAAUCCAUUACCAUAGCUGGAAAAAGUAUCUCAACAUGAGUAAAUUGCAAAGUUUGGUUGCGGAAUGUUGUAAAAUGAAGAAAAUAUAACCCUGUGAAGUUCGCAAAUUUUGUAUAUAUUUGCAUUACGCGCGGGAAAAAUAACCAUUUUUGAGCCUAAAGUGGUUAUUUUCACCGUGCGUAAUGCAAUUAUAUACAAAAUUUGCGAACUUCACAGACACAGGGCUAUAUUUUCUUCAUUUUACAACAUUUAGCAACCAAUCUUUGCAGUUUUACUCAUUCUACGACGCUCUUUCUAGCUGUGGUGUUGGAUUUCGUUUUCUUGCCUUGAUCAAAAUUUAGUCUAUAGCUAGCUGGAAUCACCCACUUACUGUUAUGUAACCAAAGAAAAACUCUAUUGGAAAUGUAUUGUUGACUAGACAGUGACGAAUUGAAUAAUUUUGACUGAUUUCAAUACAUGGUUACAUCCCAUUGUGAAUGUUGAAGGGUCAAUCCGUCAAAGCACACAAUCAACUCUUUUUAUCAAACAUAUUUGGUUGUGUUGGUCUAAGGCAGAGUGAUUAUUGCAUUUGCCGUCUUUCAUCUUUGCGAUCCAGAUUCGAUUCCUACGGCCGUUUGUCCAAUUGUGUGUGAUUAUAUAACCUACUGCAUGCAAAUCAACGUGCUCUAUGGUUUCUUCCUGCAGUAAUAAUUGUCUUACUAGACUUCUAGGGAGAACAACUAAAAGCUUGUUUAUACCAUCAACGUUUCUGUGAUCACAGUAGGAAUUUUAAUGGACCUCAUUCUAAUUUUAUCAAAAUUUUCCGGUCAGAGAGGUCCAAAGCCCAAACGUUUUGUGUUUCAUUCAACAUUUGACCGUUCUGACCAGUCUGGCCGUGUUAAUGGAAAGCGCCCUAUAGAUAAGUUUUACAAGUUUUUCUUUUGGGGAAAACAUGCCAUUUCUGGUUAGCGAUCAGCCGUUAACAUCAAUCUUACUAGGUCUCUAUAUAAUAUUAUAUGAAUUAACAACAUUUUUCAUAUCCACUGUAGGUUGGGAGCCAUGUUAAAAGUGCCCGGCACUCCUCAGACGGAUGUCAGACGUGACACCGCUUUGGAAAUGCCCAGCCCAUGUCCAUCCGAGAGACGUCAGCGGCCCAGUAGUUCUGUGUCAUCAAAAUUUUCAUUCCGUCAGCCAGAUCUGGACGUGGAAGAGUUUCAACCUGUUGCAUUCUGUUGUCUCAAGAGAGAAAGCAAACCACGGAUCUGGUUCAUAAAGCUCAUGUCCUGGCCGUAUCCUUUGAGAACUAGAUUAAGAACUAACUUUGUUUAUAUUGGAUAGUUCUAUCAGUUCUAAAUUGUUCUUCCUAGAGGUCCAGUAAGGAUCAUCUCUUAUUGAUCCAGUGUUACUACAGGAGGAAAUCUAAACUAAACUAACUUUAUUUAUACGGGAUAACUCUAUCAGUAUCAGUUCUAAACUGUUCUUCCUAAAGGUUCAGUAAGGAUCAUCUCUUAUUGAUCCAGUGUUACUACAGGAGGAAAUCUAAACUAAACCAACUUUAUUUAUACUGGAUAGCUUUAUCAGUUCUAAAUUGUUCUUCCUAGACGUCCAGUAAGGAUCAUCUUUUAUUGAUCCAGUGUUACUACAGGAGGAAACCUAAACUAAACUAACUUUAUUUAUACUGGAUAGCUCUAUCAGUUCUAAACUGUUCUUCCUAGAGGUCCAGUAAGGAUCAUCUCUUAUUGUUCCAGUGUUACUACAGGAGGAAACCUAAACUAAACUAACUUUAUUUAUACUGGAUAGCUCUAUCAGUUCUAAACUGUUCUCCCUAGAAGUCCAGUAAGGAUCAUCUCUUAUUGAUCCAGUGUUACUACAGGAAGAAACCUAAACGAAACUAACUUUAUUUAUACUGGAUAACUCUAUCAGUUCUAAACUGUUCUUCCUAGAGGUUCAGUAAGUAUUAUCUCUUAUUGAUCCAGUGUUACUACAGGAAGAAACCUAAACUAAACUAACUUUAUUUAUACUGGAUAACUCUAUCAGUUCUAAACUGUUUUCCCUAUAGAGGUUCGGUUAGGAUCAUCUCUUUAUACAACAGAAACAGCAGGAAACUUAAACUAAAGUAACUUUAUUUAAACAGAGUAGGAGGGUCAGUUCUAAGCUGUUCUCCGGCCAGAGGUCCAAAAACGUUACUGUUUGUGUCUGACAGUUUCUGCAUUGAUUUAUUGGCGCUGUAUUAGAGAAGAUGGGGGAAUGUUUACAGAGCACCUCUAAAAGUGUUGUCAUUUUGAUAAUAAUCAGUUGCAAAGUUUUAAAGUUCGCACCGCUGUGGGACAGAUGAGAUAUGCGAGCGCAAUGUAUGCAUGCUGUCUGUAUCGCCAUAGCAAAGCAAAAUAAAAGCGCAUGCUUUUUAUGGCAAAGGUCAAGAGGUAAAAAAAUUAUGAUCUCAUUAUCUUGAUUCUAACAUAAAUGGCAAGGUUUGGAUCUUGUUGUGUUUCCAUGCGGGAGGUUGUUCUGAGCGAGUGUAAGCUACACUAACUGAUAUUGUAUGAACUUAAAUGGAUCAUGUAGAGGUAGUACAUGUUCUUGAAUCAGUUGAGCUAGCCCAAAGUGAUCUGAUGUUGUAUAAAACUUAUAGUAGAUCAUAUAGAGAUGGUACAUGUUCUUAAAUUUGAGCUAGUUUCUUGAGAACUUACUGCUGAGUUGAAUUUGAGAACUCACUGCUGAGUUAAGCAUGGUUAGAUCAUACGGAGAUAGUACAUGUUCUUGUAUGUGAGCUACCUUAAAGUUAAAGUCGAUCGUAAAGUGAUAUGAUGUUGUAUAUAUAGACCUCCCUCACUCCGUCUCCGUUUCAAGUACUUUAUAUCUUAUAAACACCGGCACAUCAAUCGAGAAAGCGGUUGAUAAAAUAAACUGAUAAACGUUUAAACUUAGCAUGCAGUUAUUAAGAAAUUCCAAUGUUGACUGCGCGUGCCAUCGUUAAGGUUAAAAAAUAGUUUUAAGUAAUUACCAAAUAACUUCUAAAUGAUUCGGUGUACUUAAAAAAUUAUGAUAAAUGAAUCAUUCUGUGAAGAGGCUUAGGUUUGCAGGUUUAAUGUCAUAAACAAGGCGAUAUUUGGCAACCUUUUAUGGUGAGGAAAUUCUAGUUACGAGAUAUUUCAUUUUAAAAUUAGAUAUUGGUAGGUUAGCGACAUUAGCCAUGGUUCGUUUCAAGUGCUUGAAAAUAGUUUAUCGGCUUAUCGCUUACUAAUUUAAUUAUUUUCGCAAUUAGUUAGAGAAGCCGCUGUUUGGAUAAGGAAUCUCCUAAAGACUUUCGGAGCCUUACUGAAUCUCUAGGGAAAACAGUUUGGAACUGAUGGAACUAUCCAGUAUAAAAAAGUUAGUUUAGUUUAGGUUUCCUCUUGUAGUAACACCAGAUCAAUAAGAGAAGAUCCUUACUGAACCUCUAGGAAGAACAGUUUAGAACUGAUAGAGCUAUCCAGUAUAAAUAAAGUUAGUUUAGUUUAGGUUUCCUCUUGUAGUAACACUGGAUCAUUAAGGAAUGAUCCUUACUGAACCUUUAGGAAGAACAGUUCAGAACUGAUAGAGCUAUCCAGUAUAAAUAAAGUUAGUUUAGUUUAGGUUUCCUCCUGUAGUAACACUGGAUCAAUAAGAGAUAAUCCUUACUGGACCUCUAGGAAGAACAGUUUAGAACUGAUAGGGAAAGCAGUCCAGUGUUAAAGUUAGCUCAGACAAUUCUAACCCUAGUACUUCAAUAUAUUUCUUAACACUGCUAAGAUGGUUUGAACGUAUCAGCAUUCUAGUCAUUUUAGUCAACUGUGUUACCCUGGGAAUGUACAAUCCGUCUGACGUGAACUGUGCAACCGAGCAAUGUCAAGUCCUCGAGAGACUGGAAACGGCUAUCUAUGUUUUCUUUCUCGUGGAAAUGUUGAUAAAGUGGGUCGCCAUGGGAUUGUUCGGGAAACAGGGAUACUUUAAGGACUCGUGGAAUAAACUGGAUUGUUUUAUUGUUGCCGCUGGGUGAGUACGUUUUCUGGUAUCACCACAAGCUGGUUUUUAUACCUCUAGAGGUCUGAGGUGUUAGAGAAAGUUAGAACUGAAAAACUUCAGCAUCUGCCUUGAAUACUACAGAAUUAGUAUUAGUAAAAAAUAUACGCCCUCUAGGAAAGCUUAUGAGGCUAAUGCAUAGAUAUCUUAUAUAGACUAGAUAGCGCAUCUCUUUUAGUAAAAUUGAAGCCAAGAAUAUUCCAGCGGUUACCCCCAUUUGAAUAGAUGGCGGCCAUGUUGGAGUUUUCCACUCGCUAAUAAACGCUUAAAAAACAACAAUAACUUUCAUCAUUUGAAUACUUUGAAAAUGUAUUUGGAAUAGGUUUAACUUAAUGUUUAAGUUCCCCUGUUUAGGAAAUAGAAAACAUACGAGUCUUCUCAUUUCAUGGGAAUAUCCUGAGUCUGCAAUCACGGCUUCAAUUCUUGAAUUGCAGAAUAAUUAGAUGCACUAUCUAGUAUAUAUAAGAUAUCUAUGGGCUAAUGUAGGUGCAAUCAGUUAACAAAUUUACAUUAAGCUUCCGCGCUGCAUGGUCAGUGCAGCUAUAUUUGAAAACUAAGAACAAGCUUGGACCUAAUAUAAAACAAAUUCCUCGGAAAUGAGAAAAGUAAUACCAAUGUACUUUAGUGUGAUUGUAAAUUUUUUUUCACUUAAACUUUUUCUGUUUUUUAGAUCAUUUGAGCUAGCCUAUGGUGAAGGCGAAUAUCUAAGUGCUGUGAGGUCUAUUCGGGUUCUCAGACCAUUACGAGCCAUCAAUAGAGUCCCAAGUAAGUUGGUAGCAUUCAAUAAAACAAAUACCUCUCCAAUACAGACACCUCUCUCUCUCUUAAGACUGGUUUACAGAGGUAAGCAUGAGGUAAACAGAGUGAGUUCCCUCAAACAUUUGUUACAAAUCCUUCAAAACUUAGAAUUUACCUAUGCAAAAUUCUUACCAAUGCAAAAUUCCUACUGUGAUCACAGAAACUUUGCCGGCCCUAAUACGAACACGUCUCUCUAAUGGACCUAUUACCUAAUGAACAACAUUUUGAUCUGGAUAAGUCUAGACAAAAAUUUCAUCACAGCUUGAUGAAAGAGCAUCACAAAAUUAGUAAUAUUCUAAAGUUUCGUUGCGAAAUGUUGUAAAAUGUGGAUAAUAUAGCCCUGCGAAAUUUGCCGUUUUCCAGUCAUUUUGUAUUACAAACGGGAAAUUGAUACGUAUACCUUUUUUCAGAAAGCGGUAGACUUGUCUAGAUCAAAAUUUUGUUCAUUAGAUAAUAGGUCCAUACGAACGGUCACUUUGCGCUGUGUCGCUUUAGUAUUGGAUAGGCCCUCUAUAAGCUAUUAUCGAAUAACUGGUAAAAAAAGCAUACAUUUGUCUCUAGGUAUCCGUAUUCUAGUGCAGCUUCUUCUUGACACUCUACCGAUGCUUGGCAAUGUUCUGGCUAUUUGCUUUUUCAUUUUCGCAAUUUUUGGCAUUAUCGGCGUUCAACUUUGGCAGGGAUUAUUGCGAAGUCGAUGUUUCCCUGAUCAACUGAAUGCUACGAUUGUAAAUGAGUAAGUAGAACUGUGAGACCUCUGUGUUUAACUGACUGUUUCAGAUAGCCAACUCGAAGGACCAGAUAUCCUGCUCGAAGGACCAGGGGGCGGUUGUACCACCGGAUAAGCGUAAAUUCCAAUUCACACUGUAAAAUGUGAUUGGCUGACACCAAUUUUACGUCGGAAAAAAUUUUUGAAGUUGAAUGAUAUUUUUGGAAAGUUUUCUGUCCUUGGAAAUUUUUCUGAACUAAACUGAAAUGGGCCUUAUCUGUGAAAUCUCUGUAUACAAGAAAGGCUUAAGGUAUGCUGGGUAUCCAAUUGUCGGAGUAGUUAGUUAAAGUCAUUCUUUUCUUCCACAGAUACAAUCUAUCGUCAUUUUAUCGUCCAUCGUUUGACAAACCUGAUUACGUGUGCUCGUUGCCUGGCAACAGUGGCCUAUCAAAAUGUGACCAGAGCCACUUUAACCAUCACGAUUUCAACGAUCGCGAUUGUAACAAUAGUUGCUCACUGGCCAUGAAUACGUCAUCAUAUUGGAACAAAUAUUACACAACGUGUCGAGACAGUGGGGAGAAUAUUUAUUGGGGGUCUAUAUCGUUUGAUAAUAUUGGUAUUGCAACUGUGGCAAUAUUUCAGGUGAAUUGGAAUGAUAGAAGUUCCGAAAAUGGAUGAUCCCACCUGUCGACUAAUUUCUUAUCUAGACAAGAAAGACGAAAUCUAUCAUUAUAGCUCAAAAGAGCAUCCUAAAAUGAGUAAAAUUGUAUGUAUUUUUGGUAUUACGCGCGGAAAAUGUACCACUUUUGGCUCAAAAAUGGUGCAUUUUUUCGCCCGAAAUACUAAAAUACUCAAGAUUUGCUAAUUUCACAUGGCUAUAUUUUCCGUAUUUUACAACAUUUUGCAACCAAAUUUGGCAAUUUUACCAAUUUAAGGAUGUUCUUUUAAGCUAUAACGAUAGAUUUCGUCUUUCUUGUCUGCAUCAAAAUUUAGUCAUAGUUGGAAUCAUCUGUAAUAAAGUAAGGGUGCAUCAAGGCGCAUUGCAUCUUAAUGGGUUAGACGUCUAUCGCACAAGUUAGUCUAAUUCUACUUUUUUUGUAAGAUCUUUUAUUUUUUUCAUUCCAGAUCAUCACAUUGGAAGGUUGGACGGACAUCAUGUAUAAAAUUCAAGAUGCUCAUUCCUUCUGGAACUGGUUGUAUUUUGUUGUUUUAAUUUUGGUAAGACAUAAACUACGUUUCUUAAAUUCCUUUUUCUGUGCAUGGAGAUAUAGUGCCUUUCACCUUUGCGAAAGUUAGUUUAGUUUAGAUUUCUUUCUCUAGAAACACUGGAUCAAUAAGAAAUGAUCCUUACUGGAUCUCUCGGAAGAACAGCUUAGAACAGAUAGAGCUAUCCAGUAUAAAUAAAGUUAGUUUAGUUUAGGUUUUCUCCUGUAGUAACACUGGAUCAAUAAGAGAGAUAACCCUUACUCGACCUUUAGGAGGAACAAUCAGAACUGAUAGAGCUAUCCAGCACAAGAUAUUUCUCGACAUUCUUUCUCAUCAUUUUCUAGCUUGGUUCCUACUUCAUGACAAAUCUCUGUCUGGUGGUUAUUACGUCACAAUUCCAGGAAACCAAACAACGCGAGACUGAACUUCUCAAAUUGUCUCGCCAACGUUCUCGACCGAGUGUUAGUACCGUCUCCUCAGGCUACAUGCAACACGGCUGCUACACGCAGAUCUUAAACUACCUCGAGCACUUAUGCAGGAGGCUCAAACGCCGUGUGAAAUCCAGGCUAAAAAUAGACAAGACCUCACAGCGCCGCCGUGUGAGACCUUGUAUGCAACUAAAAAAUCGUAAGGAUAAUGUCAAGUCUAUCCAUCAUCAUCACCACCAUUACCACUAUUACCACCACUAUGUCCAUCAUCAUCCCUGCCAGUGUUCAAGUGAAAUUUCCGAUUCUCCGCCCACCUCAACUGAGCCCAUGCCGGAAAUGCCCAGCGGUAUGACCCCACCCUCCGUCGACCAAUCUAUAGGGAUAACACAGGAUACACAGGAGUCGAGGAACACUAAGGAAGGCAAGAGGAUAUUAGUGGUCCCACAGAUACAAGUCAUAGCACAAGCGGCGAGUGCGUUAUAUAAAGAUGCCGGGACGAAUUCGUCAGGGGAAAUGGUUUCCACGGCAACAGCUAACAUUAACAUUGAAGGCCAUGAUUCGUCAGCUAGCGUUGUCACGUACAGGUAAGAUAGUUUUCUACAAUAAACCAUCGUGGUCUGAGACUGAGGCAUUUGAAAAGGCAUUUGAAAAGGGAGUUCUGCCAUUUCAGUUUUGCUAUUUGAAAAGGGUGUUUUGCUAUUUGAAAAGGGAGUUCUGCCAUUUGAAAAGGGAGUUCUGCCAUUUGAAAAUGUGUGUUGUAAGAUAUUUUUCUAAAAUAAACCGUCGUGGUCGAGUCAUUGGACAUCAUUGUCCUCAAUGAGUAAUAUUUUAUAUCGAUUUCUCAACUCAUAUUUUAAUUGAAUUCUUGUAGCAAAACCGCUGACGCUGUUUCAAUAGCAGGGCAGGCGACUGCCCAGACAAUAGAAGCGGCAUGCUCCUGCGCGGCUCAACAGUCUGGGGACGAUAAUAUUCACGUGAUUAAGAGGGCAUGUGAGGAUUCGUCAGAGGAUGAUAGGGGAAACAGCAAGACAAAGAGGGAUAACUCAUGUUAUUAUAAGUUUCGAGAUAAUAUGAAAGAACUCGUGGAAAGUACGCGAUUCACACGCGUGAUUAUGGUGUCGAUAUUUUUAAAUACGAUUUGUAUGGCCGUGGAGCAUCAUGGACAG